CAUCCGCCGUGGCCGCAACAUACAGCGCUCUCCAUCGAGAGAGGACCGCACCUGUACUAUUAAUUUUACUACAGGUGAAUGUCGUUUUAUCCAGAAGUUCGCGGAACCAGUACACAGUCUCACCCUAUGUAAUGAGACUCUCUGACUGUCUGACACAGCUGAGAACUUUGUCUUUGAGGAGCCUUCGGCUUCGGAAUGGUGGUCCAUUAGAAAAAAGAGUGGAGUGUGUAUUUUGGAAACUUCCGUCCGCAAAUUACAGCUUGCAAACAGCUUGCAACUAAGGACUCCACUCAUUCUAUGGCGGUGACAAAAAGGAGAUAAACAACUGCAUGCCAUACGCUUCGAAAUGCCUCACGAAUCGAAGCAGCGGGUUCAUUCACCGCCGUCGACACAGCGCCAGCGCUCAUUGAGCGCUCCGGCGGAGGCGACCGGUGCUCAGCGACGGCGGAGAACGUUCACGACGAACCAGUUCAACUACGUGUGGCGACCAUCCUACCAGCGCAACGCCGGCGAGGCGUUCGGACGCAAGCGGCCCAGCUCACCGAAUCGCCAUCACAACCCGCACCCGCUCGGCCUAGCUACACAGGAACCGUACAACAAGGAUAAUGCGGUUUUCGGCACGUGGAAUCCCAGCAUGAACUUGAUCCUACAGCAGUUGCCGGAGAAGAUCACACAUGCCAAUGAGAGCAAUUUCACGGCUGGACACAUUUCGGACAAGGCUGAGUUGAGCACGGACUACGGCAGUCUGGCGGAUGCCGUGGGUCAGCCCAAGUACCGCAGUCUGACGGCGGUCUCGUUUCGAUCGCCCGACGAGCUGAGUCGCUAUCGGGACCACACGGUGCCCAUCUCUCGCUACGGCAGCAACACCCAUCGCAUGGCCUCCUCAAGUGGAAUAGUUCCCAACGCCCUGCGGCCCUGGCAGACAGACAAGCGGAGAAAGCCACCAUCGAACUACGGAAUGACAUCACACAAACUUCUAGCACCAAGGAAUGGAUAGGAACUGACGAUUCAGGACAUGAACAUGUGCUCGAGGUUCUUUGCAAGGUGAAGGUGGCGCUACAUUCUCCGACGAUUCAUCCGUCAGGACUUGAGACACUACAUCUGUUUGC